GGGUACCUCUGUGACCUGACCUGCACCCUAAUAAUAACAUCCUUUCGUUUGGAGCUUCAUUAGAUGUUCGCCAACUCCCCUGCCUAAGCCUCUUUUCUGUCUUGCACUGCCCUACUGCUCCAAGGAGGUGUGCUCCAUUACAGUCAAGAAAAUGGCAGACCAUCAAACGACCAAAAUUGACAAAUCAAAUCAUCUUCUUCUGGAUCAAACUCUCCUGAGACUACCGUAUGAUCUUAUGCGCAAAAACUUUCGAAAUGCCCACUUUGUCGUCGAACACGAGUCCAAAGCCAUCACCAAACUGCUCAAGGACACGGCCACCGGCUCGCUGAAGGGCAAGCACUCGUCCGACGAUGUGCUAAAGAACAUAGAUGCCAUGCUGGCCAAGGCCAAGGGCAUCAAGCGGAAGCUGCAGGCAUGCUCCGACGAGGAGGCCCGACUGUACCGGCAGCUCGGCGCCCGUAUCAAGCACGUCGGCGAGGUGGUGUCGAUGGAGACGGUGGACGAUGUGAGAUACGAGCAGUGGUCCAGGACGCGCCUCGACCGGCUGAUCGUAGACUACAUGCUCCGCCACGGCUACAAUGAGAGCGCCUGUGCCCUGGCCGACGAUCGAGGCAUACGUGAUCUGGUCGACAUCGAUACGUUUAUUCACAUGAGCCGAAUCCAGGAAAGCUUGGCCAACAGGAGCGUGACGGAGGCCCUGGCGUGGUGUCAUGAGAACAAGAAGGAACUCAGGAAGAUUGAUAGCAAUUUCGAGUUCAUGCUACGGUUUCAACAAUACAUCGAGCUUGUACGCUCCCAGACGUUACCGAAAGUUCUCGAGGCCAUCACGCACGCGAGAAAGUACCUCAUCCCCUUCAAGGAGACCUACCCGCAUGAGGUCAACCAGGCGGCCGGCCUGCUGGCUUACCCGCCCGAGCAAACAAGCGACUCGUACAGCAAUCUUUGGGGCCAGGAGCGCUGGGAAAUGCUUAGCACUCUCUUCAUCGAGACGCAUCACCGCCUGCUCUCCCUCCCAUCGUUCCCACUUCUCCACAUCGCCCUGUCGUCCGGGCUAUCGGCGCUCAAGACACCCGCCUGCCACACGGCUGGCGCCCGUGACUUGGCUGACACUCCCAACUCGGCCCCGGGAAACUCUUUGGACUCGUCGAUGUGCCCCAUCUGCUCGGCGGAGCUCAACGAGCUGGCCGAGAACGUGCCCUACGCUCACCACAGCAAGAGCCACGUCGAACACGACCUCGUGCUCCUGCCCAACGACAGGGUGUACGGAAAGGCGCGACUCGAAGAAUAUGCCAGAAAGUCGGGCCUGCCCCAUAACUGCGUGAAGGACCUCCGUACCGGUGAGAUCUACCCUGCUUCUAGGAUGAAAAAGGUAUUUAUCACGUGAGGUGCCCACGAAAGACUGGGUUCUGCGAUGUGUAUUUUUUUAUGUCCGGCUUGGCUUGCAUAUCUAUGCUUUGGUAUCCUUGCAAUGGCUUCAUGUUAUAAAGGAGUACCGGUGGAUACUCGGGCGUCUGGGUCUUGUUCUCUCUUCUUGGACUUCAUGGAAUUUGGAUUUAUGGCGUACGGGUGGGUCUAAGGGCAGGUUGGAGCGGCUGUCACUCAGUUAUAUUCGUAAAUCAGGAUCAUGUCCAAUGACACAGCGAGUUGAAUUUCACAAGCCUCCAUUUGUUUUGCAUCGGGAAACCGAGGUAAGAUACAAACGUCAGGUC